ACAGCGUAUUCCAAAUAAUAAAUUAUGAUGGCAACAUCCAAAACUGUACUUUUAUCCAAGAUAUUGUGAUGUAAAAUGAUUUUAAAGAAAUAUUGCUAUUACAGAGCUGCUUUAGUGAUUGUUAUAGAUAAAAUUAAUUAAAUGUGGUACGAUGUUGUUGUAGUGUGUGAAUAUAAAGCGAUUAAAUUUUGACAAUUUAAGGGACGCGUUAGGUACGAAUUGAUUUUUCCAAUAUGGCGGCUUCAUUAUAUUUUUCAAAUGUUGUUUACUGUGGUGAAAGCGACGGUGAUGCUUUAUGUCUGGAAAUGGUUAAAGAUAAUAAUGUUUACUUAGUAUUAACCGGCAAAAGGUCAUGUUAAGUGAAAUUUGUGAAACAUCAAAUGAAAACCUUAAAUUUCAGAAAAUUACACUUGUUAUUUGAAGUGUUUUUGGUGUGGAGACAGUGGAAUUCAGUGCAGCGUAUGACUAUAUGUUUCGUGGUAAAGACACUACGUUAGUGGCGUACUUACUCGCGAUGUCACAAUAUGAGCUGCCGCGAUGAGCCCACCGCGCCGCCCGCCCUCGGCUCUGCUCUACAACUCAUGGGUGUGGAGCGCGUCGGUGCCCUGGGCGGCGCCGGAGCGAGCGCGCUCAAUGGAGGCACGCCGCCCGCGUCCGCCGCGCCGCCCGAGCGCGCCGAGCGGCCCGAGGAGCCGCCGCGCAAGCGUGCCAAGCUGCCCGCGCCCGACGACGCGCCUGCGCUGCGCCGCCGGAUCCUCGAGUGCGAGCUGCAGCGCCUGAGGAACCUGCGCGAGAGGUUCACAGAGCAGCUGAGCGAGCUGUACUUCCUGCAGGCGGGCGGCAAUAUGAUGGACUAUGCGGUGUGGCGCAAGCGGCCGCCCGCGCCGCAGCUAGUGGCGUUCCUGGAGGCGCGGCGGCCGGCCGCCGUGGCCGCGCCCGCCUCGCCGCCGCCCGCGCCGCCGCCCGCGCCGCCGCCCGCGCCCGCCGCCUCGCCCGCCGACGAGAUGGUGGAGAAGGCCAAGCAGGAGGCCUACGUGGCGGCGCGCGUGGCCGAGCUGGCGCGCGCCGGCCUGUGGCCCGAGCGCCGUCUGCCGCGCGUGCUGGAGCCGCCGCGCGCCAAGUCGCACUGGGACUACCUGCUGGAGGAGAUGGCCUGGCUCGCGCAGGACUUCGCGCACGAGCGCAAGUGGAAGAAACAAGCCGCCAAAAAGUGUGCCCGUGCAGUUCAAAAAUAUUUUCAAGACAAGGCUUUGGCAGCUCAAAAAGCAGAAAAAGCUCAAGAGUUACAGCUGAAAAAAAUUGCUGCUUUCGCAGCUAAAGAAAUACGAACAUUUUGGUCUAAUGUAGAAAAGUUGGUCGAGUGGAAACGUGUACGGCGAGUAGAGCGGGCACGUAAGGAGGCUUUAGACGAACAACUCAGCUACAUCGUAGAUAAGACCGAGCGCUACUCGCGCCAGUUAGCCGCCAACCUGCACGCGCCUGCGCCACUCGCACCUCCUUCCGACGAUGACUUCACGCCGCGCGACUGUUCCACGGACGACGAGGAGACCAUCGCCGUGGCCGACCGCGAGGACGCCCAGGAGGUCGACCACUUCCCCGACGAGAUCGAGACGCUGACGCGCGAGGGCCACUGCGACCUGGGCGACCUGCUGCCGCCCGGCUACCUGCACGCGCCGCCCGCGCCCUCGCCGCCGCACUCCGACUACGGGCCCGAGCGCGACGAGACGGACGACGAGCGAACCAUCGCCGCGGAGGAGCGCAUCCAGGACCACGACGCGGCCGCCGAGCUGGCCGAGCUGCGUCACGACGCAGACCUCGGCCUGGAAGAGCUGCGGCGUCGCUACGCUGAUCCGCCUCCACCACGACCACCUUCGCCCUCCGACAACGAAGUCGAUGCUGAUGACGAAUCCGACACGGAUGCAGAUUCGGAAUCUGCGGCCACGCAGUCCGACGCUAGUGAAUCGACGGCGUCAUCGGAGGCGCUCGAAGCGCUCAUGGAAGACAGCGUCGCAACCGCGGAGCCGGAGGCGGGCGCGGGCGCGGCUGCGCAGGCAGGAGCGGCGACGGACGCGGGCGAGGGCGCGGACGCGGGCGCGGGCCAGGAGCGGCGCGUGGAGGCGGCGGCCGUGCUGGCGGCGUCGCUGCAGCCCACCGGCACCACGCUGUCCGAGACGGCCGUGGCCACGCCCGUGCCGCGCCUGCUGCGCCACGUGCUGCGCGAGUACCAGCACGUGGGGCUGCACUGGCUGGCCACCAUGUACGCGCGCGGCCUCAACGGCAUCCUGGCGGACGAGAUGGGGCUGGGCAAGACGGUGCAGACCAUCGCGCUGCUGGCGCACCUGGCGCUGGAGCGCCGCGACUGGGGGCCGCAUCUGGUCGUGGCGCCCACCUCCGUCGUGCUCAACUGGGAGAUGGAAUUCAAAAAGUGGUGUCCCGCUUUCAAGAUUCUCACUUAUUACGGCACUAUUAAAGAACGUAAAUUGAAACGUGUCGGGUGGACUAAAGCUAACUCUUUUCAUGUGUGUAUAACUUCGUAUAAACUCGUAGUGCAGGAUCAUCAAAGUUUUCGAAGAAAACGAUGGAAAUAUCUUAUCCUGGAUGAGGCACAAAAUAUUAAAAACUUCAAAUCUCAAAGAUGGCAAAUGCUUUUAAAUUUUCAAACUGAAAGGCGGUUGCUGCUGACAGGUACACCGCUUCAGAACAGUUUGCUAGAGCUGUGGUCGUUGAUGCAUUUCUUAAUGCCGGACGUGUUCGCUUCUCAUUCGGAGUUCCGCGAGUGGUUCAGCGAAGUGGCGGGCAUCGCCGACGGCUCCAACCGCUACAACGAGGCGCUGGUGCGGCGCCUGCACGAGGUGCUGCGGCCCUUCCUGCUGCGCCGCCUCAAGGCCGACGUCGAGCGCCAGAUGCCGCGCAAGUACGAGCACGUGUUGCUGUGCCGCCUCUCUAAGCGCCAGCGCUUUCUUUACGACGAUUUCAUGUCGCGGGCCAAGACUAAGGAGAGCCUCGCGUCUGGUCACCUGUUGAGCGUCAUAAAUGUUCUCAUGCAACUGCGUAAAGUUUGCAACCAUCCCGAUUUGUUCGAGCCGCGGCCGGUCUCUUCCCCGCUGCAGCUGGCGGGACUGCGCCUGGUGGCGCCUGCGCUCGUGAUGGGCGCCGGGAUCGGCGAUCGCGUGGAGCUGGCCGCGCGCCUCGGCGGAGACCUCGCCUCGCUCGAGCUCAGCGGCGCCGGCGCCUUCGCCGCUCACCGCGCGCGACACCUGGCGCCGCCGCGCCGCCUCGUGGAGGAGCUGGGCGAGCGCCGCCGCCCCGCGCCGCGCGCCCCGCCCGCCUCGCUGCGCCUGCACCUGCGCCUGCCGCCCGGCGCGGCGGCGCGCCUGGAGGCCCGGCGGCGCGCCUGCCUGCGGCGCCUGGCCAACGUCAACGAGCGGCGCUGCUGGCGGCUGCCGCUGCUGGGCGCGGACCUGCGCGCCGCCGUGCACGCGGGCGGCCCGCCGCUGCCGCCGCGCGACCUCGCCGACGUGCUGCACGACCUGCGAGAUCUCAUCGACAGGUUUUGCGUGUGUUGGCAAGCAGCCCGCGCCGCGUCCCCGCAGCUGGUGCUGGGCGGCGGCGGCGCGGCGCGCGGCUGGCGGCGCGGCGCGGCGCGGCUGGAGGCGGGCGCCGCUCCGGCCGCGCGCCGCCUGCUGGCGCUGCUGCACGCGCCCGCCAGCCGCCAGGCCGUGGCCUUCCCGCACCCGUCGCUGCUGCAGUACGACUGCGGCAAACUACAGACGCUGGACGGCCUCUUGCGACGGCUGAAGGCGGGAGGACACCGUGUUCUCAUUUUCACGCAGAUGACGCGCGUGCUGGACGUCCUGGAGGCGUUCCUGUCCAUGCACGGUUACGCUUACCUACGGUUAGACGGUGCUACGCGUGUGGACCGGCGUCAGCCGCUAGUGGAUCGUUUCAACGCGGACCCACGCGUGUUCGCAUUCAUUCUGUCCACACGUAGCGGAGGCGUCGGCCUUAAUCUUACGGGUGCCGACUCCGUAGUGUUCUACGACUCUGAUUGGAACCCAACCAUGGACGCUCAGGCGCAAGAUCGCUGCCACCGUAUCGGACAGACGCGAGACGUGCACGUCUACCGCCUCGUCACCGCCGCCACCGUCGAGGAGAACAUCCUGCGCAAAGCGGAGCAGAAGCGUGCUUUAGGCCACCUCGCCAUCGAAGACGGUCACUUCACGACUUCUUACUUGCGUGGGGCCAAUAUCAAGGAGUUAUUCGGUUCGGAUGCAGAGAGCAAUGAGGCUAAAGUGAGUCCCGACGAAGCCGAGUGUACCGCCGGUGGUGAGCUCGAGUCUGCGUUGGCCGCCGCCGAAGACGAAGCUGAUGCCGCUGCCGCGCAAGCCGCGAGAGCGGAGGCCCAGGGAGACCUCGCCGAGUUCGACGAGACGCUGCCGCUCGACGAAGAGGCUGCAGCGCCGCGAGCCGACGCCGACGACCUGGCCGCGCUCAUGAGCCAGCUCACUCCCAUAGAGAAGUACGCCAUGCGGCUCGUGGAGAGCAGCGAGGCCGCCACGUCGGCGGAGCGCGCCGCGCUGGGCGAGAUGCGGCGCCAGCUGCGCGAGUGGGAGGAGGCGCGCCGCCAGCUGCGCAGCCAGCCCGCGCCGCGCUCGCCGUCGCCCGCGUCGCCCGCGCCCAGCCUCACGUACAGCCGCGAGGACGCGCGCGCGCAGAUAUGGGUCAGCACAAAUGGUUCCAUCGAGCGUAUGCCGAUGUGGUGCCCACCGACGCCGCCCUCCGGCGACGGCGACGUGUACUGCGACAGCUGGGCGCGCGCCCUCUACCGGCGCGGACCCGCCGCCGACUGCCUGCUGCCCGCCGUGCGCAGCCGCGAGCCCCGCCAGGCGCGCGAGCCCCGCCGCGCCCGCGCCCUGCCGCGCGCGCCCCACGCGCCCCUCUCGCUGUUCGAGCGCGCCGGCGCCCGGCCGCGCCCCCGCCCGCGCGCGCCCCCGCACGCGCCGCACCCGCACCCGCACGCGCCGCAGCCCGACUGGGCGCCCGGCGAGGACGCCGCGCUGCGCCGCGCCCUGCGCCUGCAGCGGCUGCCGCCCGAGCCGCCCGCCGCGCUGCAGCCCAACUGGGACUGGGCCGCCGAGCUGGUGGCCGGCGCCGCGCGCGCCUACCGCUCGCCGCGCGCCUGCCGCGACCGCCACGACGCGCUGGCCGACCCCGAGCGCGACGACGCGCCGCGCCCGCCGCUCGCGCGCCUCGACGCCAUGCGCGAGGCCGCCGAGCGCCGCCGCGCGCAGCCGCGCCGCCGCCACGACGACUCCAAGCACCACAACACCAAGCAGGCCGCGCUGCUCGUCGAGCUCGGCCUGGACUAUGACGCGCCGCCCUCGCCCAUGGACGUGGCGUCGCGGCGCGCCGACCGCAUCGCCAAGGAGAAGCUGAAGGCGGGCGCGAGCUUGGCGGCCGCGCCCGCCGCGCCCGCGCCCGCGCCGCAGCGCAUCGUGGUGGCGGCGCCGCAAGCCAAGCCCGAGGCGCGGAGGGCGCGCCCUCCCGCGCCCGACCUGCGCGCCUCCGCCCCGCCCGCGCCUGCCACCUCGCAGGCGCCGCAGCAACUGCUCUACCGCCAGCAGACGUUUCCCGCCCGCCAUCUCAAAAUCCUACAUCAGACGGCCACCACUCAUGCUCAGAGCGGUGCGCAGGCGAGCGGCUCGGGCGCGGAGGGCGCGCCGGCGCUGCGCAAGCUGCAGCUGCAGCAGCUGGGCGUGCGGCGCGCGGCGGGCCCCGCGGGGGCGCCGGCCGGCGGGGGCGCGGGGGGCGCGGGGGGCGCGGGGCCCCGCCUGCUGGCGGCGGGCGCGCGGCUGCCGCACUCGCACGUGGUGGUGGCGCACCUGGCGCCGCCCGCCGAGCGCCCGCGCGCGCCCGACAACAGACAAUAA